CAUCUUCCACUUCCUGGCAGCUGCUCGCCCGUCUUCUCGGGACCUGAUUGGCUGAUGUGGCAACCGCCAACGGCUGCGGAGUUUAAACCCGAGCCUCGGCCACCGGCGGCGAUCUUCGGAAGCUGGAUGGUGGUGCCCCGCAAGCUGAAAAAGCGUGAUGGAGUACCCAGUGACAGAAACUGGCUCACUUUUUACCUCAGGAAUUAAGAGACAUGUGAAAGACAAAAGAAUUUCAAGGACUGCUAAAUUGAAUGUUUCUCUUGCUUCAAAAAUCAAAACAAAAAUAAUAAACAAUUCUUCUAUUUUCAAAAUAUCUUUAAAGCACAACAACAGGGCAUUAGCUCAGGCUCUUAGUAGAGAGAAAGAGAAUUCUCGAAGAAUUACAACUGAAAAGAUGUUACUGCAAAAAGAAGUGGAGAAACUGAAUUUUGAGAACACAUUUCUUCGCCUAAAGCUAAAUAAUUUGAAUAAGAAGCUUAUAGAAAUAGAAGCACUCAUGAACAAUAACAUGAUAACUGCAAUUGAAAUGAGCACUCUUUCUGAGUUCCAUCAGAGUCCCUUUCUACUGCCAGCUAGCAAGAAGAAACGGGUUAGUAAACAGUGCAAGUCUAUGCGUCUUCCAUUUGCAAGGAUUCGAUUAACUUCAAAUGAUGAUGAUGAUGAUGAUGAUGAUGAUAAAGAUAAAGAGAAGAUGCAACGUGAUAACAAUAUUCUAUCAAAAACAUCACCUGAUGUUCCUUCUUUGGUAUCAACAAGACAACCUUUAUCAACUCAGGAUAAUUUGGAAUUGUUGUGUAUUAAAGAAAAUAAUCAGAAUGUGUGUGGUUUAGAUGAUUCAAAAUAUAAUUCUUCUGUUAUUGAUAUACUUCCCAAAGAAAGCCAUUCCUACUCAGACCAGAGUUCCAAGAGUUCUCUAAUGAGUGAGAUGAAAAAUGCCCAAUCUGUCAGCCACAGAGAGGAGAAACCAUCGCUUAGUAAUGUAACUAAAAGGAAAAGACGUGUAUCAUUUCCAGAAUCAAAUAAUCCUUCUGCAGACAAUCCCUGUGUGACAGAUGUAGAUCAACAAUGGAUUUCAAGUCCAGUAUUAAAUUGGAAUAAUGACAUAAAUGAUCAUACUAACGAAAUGAAUAUUAAAAUGCAAAGAAACAUACAGUGCCUUCCUAACUCAUCUGAGUCUGCAGGUGAACCUACUGCUGAGAGCGUGAAUCAAAUUCAGGGUAAUGAUGACUUUCAAUUGCAGAAAACUGUGUAUGAUUCUGACAUGGAUUUAACUGCUAGUGAAGUAAGCAAAAUUGUUAUAGUUUCAACAGGCACUAAAAAUAAAAGUAAUAAAAAAACAAAUGACUGUGGAAUCAAAACUUUCAGAAAAGUGAAAGAUUCAAGUUCUGAAAAAAAGAAAGAAAGAUCAAAGAAACAAUUUAAAAAUAGUUCAGAUAUGAAUGUUGAGGAAAAGAUUGAAAAUGAACCAGAAAAAAGAUCCGUUGGCCUGAAUAGCAAAGGAGAUUCAGAAGAUCCAAAUUUUAUCUUAAACACUGAACAGCUGACUCAGUUGAACAUACCAGAGACAAUAACCCUUCAUAAUGGCUUUGAUCAAGACGACAAACAAAGUACAGAGAAUAGUAAGAAAAAGAAAAGAAUACAUGUAACAAAUGAGCAAGAGGAAAUAUACUCUUUCUCCCAAAGUUCAGAUAAAUUCCAGCAGGAGAGUAAAUUUAAUACGGGUCAGAGUUUUCCAGCUUACAAUAAAAAUAAAGCUUCCAGACAGACAUUUGUGAUUCAUAAGUUAGAAAAAGCUAACUUUUUUCUAAGCCAACAGGAUAAAGAAACCAUUUCUGAAAACCAGGAUGUCACAAAUGAAUUUCAAACAGCUGAUCUUCCCACCAAACAUAAUGGAAAUUUAUGUGAUUAUGAGGCACAAAAUACGUUGGAUUUGAAAAAGCAUGUCACCGAUAUGCAACCUGCUCAGCAAAAGGAAUCAAAAAUAAAUAAGCUUAAGCAGAAAAUAAAUCGGAAGACAGAAAUAAUUUCUGAAACAAACCAAAUAUAUAGGAAUAAUGAUAAAGAUGUGCAUGGCCUGGAGAAAGAUAACUUUUCCUGCCAAACCCAAGAGGAUAAGGAAACCUCUGGAGCAAACCUACCAGUUUCAAAUGAGUUUCAAAAACCUGCUCCUUGUACCAGUGGUAACAGAAACCUGUGUGAUUCUGAGCCCCAGAAUGUGCAGGAUUUACAAAAGCCAAUCACCGAUGUGUUCUCUGUUCAGCAAAAUGAAUCAAAAGUUAAUAAUCUUACAAAGAAGGUAAAUCGUAAGACGAUGAUGAUUUCUGAAGUGAAUCAUUUAUAUAACGACAAAAAUGUGUAUUGUCCAGAAAAAGGUAACCCUUUCUUCCUAAUGAAGAAGGAUAAAGAAAUCAUCCCUGUAAAUCUAGAUGACGCAAAUGAGUUUCAAACACCUGCCCUCUCUACCAAAGACAGUGGAAACCUAUAUGAGUAUGAGACUCAAAAUGUUUGGGGGGUGAAAAAGCAUGUCCAUGAUAUGCAAACUGCUUGUCAAAAUGAAUCAAAAAUAGAUAAGCUUAGGCAAAAGGUAUGUCGGAAGACAGAAAUAAUUUCUAAAAUCAACCAAAUAUGUGAGAAUGAUGACAAGGAGAUGCGUGACCUAGAAAAAAAUAACUUAAUUUCUUUAAUCCAAAUGGAUAAAGAAAUUAUUCCUGAAAACCUAGAAGAUCCAAAUGAGUUUCAGAUGGCUGAUUCUUCCACCAAAAGGAAUAAAAACCUCUGUGAUUACGAUGCUCAAAACAUUUGGGGGGAGAAAAAACAUGCUACUGAUAUGCCACAUGCAAUGCAAAGUGGAUCAAAAAUAAAUAAAAGGAUUAGGCACAAAGGAAAUCGGAAGACAGAAAUAAUUUUAGAAAUGAACCAAAUAGAUGAGUUUAAUAACAAAGGUGUGCAUGACCCAGAAGAAGGCAACUUCAUUUCCCUAACUCAAAAGGAUAAAGAAACCAUUUCUGAAAACCAGGACGUCACAAAUGAAUUUCAAACAGCUUAUCUUUCCACCAACAAUAAUGGGAAUUUGUAUGAUUAUGAGACCCUGAAUAUGUUGGAUUUGAAGAAACAUGUCACUGAUACGCAAUCUGCUCAGCAAAAUGAUUCAAAAAUGAAUAAGAAGCUUAGGCAGAAAGUAAAUAGGAAGACAGAAAUAAUUUCUGAAACAAACCAAAUAUAUGGCAAUAAUCAUAAAGAUGUGCAUAGCCAAGAAAGCUAUACAAAAGAUCUUGAUUUUAAAAUAAAUGAAUCUAGACAAAGACUUGAACACCAAGGUUUUAUCAGUGGAUACUGUAUGGAAAUCAAUAGUAAUGAAAAAGAAAAUUGUGAUCAAAUUUCAAAUUCUUAUAGACAAGUUAAAAAGCAUGGGGAAGAAUCAUCAGGCAAGGCAAAGAACAUUUUGGCAAAAGGUAAAAACAAACCUAUUUUGCAAUUAACAGAUUCUUCACAGAUGUCUCUCUCCCUGGAAUCAAGUUUAAAACAUACUAUUAAUGAAGCAGAUUGUGAUUCUGGUAACCAAAUAGAACCACCUAAGAAUCCGAAGCAAAGCACUACAACUCUGAAUAAAAAGAGAGAGGUUCCCUUUGUGGAAGUGAUAAAAGGAGAGUGCAAGGUCAAAAGUGUAAAUAAAAUGGCAUCCAAAUCAAAGAAAAGGAAGACCUUCGUAGAUCCUCCAGAGAGCCAUGAAGUAAUGGAGAUGAUAUCUGACACCAGUCAGGGACUGUCGGUUGAAUCUGAGCAAGCCAAUGAGGAAAAAAAUCUGGAAAAUGAAAAUAUUAAGCCAGACUUUAACACUAAGGUGUUUAACUCCUUAUCUCAUAUAUAUUCACCUAACAUGCAAGAUUCUUCCCUUAACAGUGUUCACAAGGGUUCAAGACUUUUGUGUAUUCCUUCCAGUAAAAAUCUGAUAAUAAAAGAAAAUUUUGCCCUGGAGACCUCGCCAGUCUUUCAAGUAAGUGAUGAUGUGCAGGAGAAGAUGACAGGGAUGAAAUUUAAAGUCACUCAGAGGACACAAAAAUCAGGAAUAGGCGGUAGAACACUACAGGACUUGACAAAUACCAGUUUUGUUUCGAAUAACUCUGCUAAAUCUGAAAAUAAAUCAGAAGAUCCAUCUUUAGAGCUGCCAAGCCGAAGAAGAAGGUGCACUCCUCUCCAUUUCAAAGAACCAAGUCUCAGAGACAAGAUGAGAAGAUGAGGUGACUUUAUGGAUUCUGUUUUUUCUGAAUUCUGAAACCAUAGCAAGUAAAAACAGGGAUAUAACUAGAAUCAAGAAGAGGAGAUGCGUAAUAAAAAGUUUUUUUUCAUUUUCUGCCUUUUCAUGGAGUAUUGAUUUAUCCAUUCUUAUGUUUAGAUUUAUGUGCAUAAAAUAGCUAUUUUGUAAUACUAAGUUUUAUUACAAAAUUUAAAAUCAUUUUGGUCAUCCUAUAACAUCUUCCUGCUCAUUUAAGUUUCUUUCAACCUAACAGCCUUUAACUAAACAAUAACUGUUACCCUUUUAACCAAAUAAAAUGUAUAAUAAAUACUUUUGCAUUGGUUAUCUUGUCGUAUACCAAGCUAUUCUGUUUUGUUCUUAAACUAGUCAAUAUAUGUGAACACCUUUAAUAUUUCAAAAGUCACCUUCUGCCCUAGCUAGUUUUCUCUCGCCCCUCAUUCUUCUACUUUCAGAACUAUUUGAUCAGUAAUCACUUAGGUAUCAGGUUCUAUAUUACUUUUAUUAUGUAUAAUCUGAUGAUUUAGCCGAGGGGGUUAACCUUUCAGGCUCUUUUGAAUUUGUUUUUUAACUUUAUUUUAAAGAUGGCUUCCUAGUCUAGUAAUAAACCCUGUUCAUAUCUGAGAUUAAUGGACAUAGCUUACUGUAUUCAAAUGACUAGUGAAAUUCUAUUCUGCCUAGAUGGAAAAGCUUUCUUAGACAAUAUCUGAUACCUAAACAAGUAGGCCCAGAAACCUGCAUUUUUAGCAAACAUUUCAGAUAAUUCUGGGGCAGAUUGUCCUAGGAUCAAACUUGAAGAAAAACUGCUGUAGAAGUACAGAGACUCUCAGAACUUACUCAGUAUCAACAAUGUAGAUUGAAAUAGGGGCCAGAGGCUUUUUUAAAGGAACAGCUGACAGUUUUUAAAGAGUUUGGCACCCUGGCAGUCUCUGUUCCCUUUCUUGUACUCCUGUUACUUUUAGCCUUUGGACCUCCUAAUUCUCUGGGAUUAUAUUUUUGUUCCUAUUGCUUAUUUCUAUUUUUUUUUCUUUCUAUGAGAUUUGUCUUUUUUUUUUCCUAUAGAAAUUAUUUUCCAUUUUAUAUACUUAAACUUAUCAAUCUCUUGUUGCUGGUGGAAUUUGGCCACAGUAAGAAACAAUUUUACUAUCCCAGAUUAUAAACACAUUUCCUCAUGGUUUCGUUUUGUUUUUACGUUUAAAUUUGUGAUGCAUGUGGAUUUUUUGAUUGUAUGGUGUGAAAUGAAUGCACUGACUCCAUUAAUUGAAAAGUCCAUGUUUUCCAUUACUGAUUUGUAAUGCCACCUUUUUAGAUUGUAUCUCUAUUUACACUUAUAUUUAUUUCUUAAUUUUCUAUCUAGUUUGUCUUUUUAAGUCCUACUACCAUACUCUUUAAAUUAUAGAGACUAAGAGAGUUUCAAAAUUCCCCUCAUAGAGGUUUUAUACAUUUUUUGAUAAAUUUAUGCUCAGGUAUUUUAUCUUUUUUCUUGGUAAUAUAUACAGGAUUUUCUCUUUGAUUCUUCUCAUUGAUUUUAUUGUUUGCAUAUAUGAAGAUAGUUGAUUUCUAUAUGUUAAUUGCUAUGUUAUUGUUUGUAGCAUUU